UGAGCGGAUGAGGAAAGUAGUUUCAGCUCCUGCAGUCUGAGGGCAGGAGAAUCAUCUCAAACCGAGCCGAAACCAGGAGAACUCACUCACAAACUCAACAGAAGUCGGGAAACUUGGGUUAGAGUCGAUAAACGUAUUAUUUGGAAGAGAGAACAGUCGGUAAAGUGGAACAGAAACAUCAUGAUAGCCUCACAUAUGCUGGCCUACUACGUUACCGAACUCCAUCAUGACCAGGUGCAGAAAGUGGACAAGUUCCUGUAUCACCUGCGUCUGUCGGACGAGAACCUGAUGGACAUUUCCAAACGCUUCAGGAGGGAGAUGGACAAAGGCCUGGGGAAGGACACCAACCUCACCGCCUCGGUCAAAAUGCUUCCCACUUACGUCCGCUCCACGCCCGACGGCACAGAAAAAGGCCACUUUCUGGCGCUGGAUCUCGGAGGCACAAAUUUCCGCGUCCUGCUGGUGAAGGUGUCGUCUAAUGGUAAACAGACGGUGGAGAUGGAGAACCAGAUCUACGCCAUUCCAGAGACCCUGAUGAGGGGGAGUGGCACAGAGCUCUUUGACCACAUUGCCGAGUGCUUGGCCAAUUUCCUGGACAAAAUGGGCAUUAAAGAGAAGAAACUGCCGCUGGGCUUCACCUUCUCCUUCCCCUGCCAGCAGAACAAAUUAGACGAGAGCAUCCUGGUGUCUUGGACCAAGGGCUUCAAAGCGAGUGGAGUGGAGGGCAGAGAUGUGGUCAGCCUGCUGAGGAAAGCCAUCAAGAAGAGAGGGGACUUUGACAUCGACAUCGUUGCGGUGAUCAAUGACACAGUGGGCACCAUGAUGACCUGUGGCUUUGACGACCAUCACUGCGAGAUCGGCCUCAUCAUUGGUACGGGGACGAACGCCUGCUACAUGGAGGAGAUGAGGAACCUGGAGCUGGUGGAAGGAGACGAGGGCCGUAUGUGCGUGAACAUGGAGUGGGGCGCGUUCGGGGACGACGGCGCCCUGGAUGACAUCCGCACCGAUUUCGACCGCGAGAUCGACGCCGGCUCGUUGAACCCGGGCAAACAGCUCUUUGAAAAGAUGAUCAGCGGGAUGUACAUGGGCGAGCUGGUGCGGAUCAUCCUGGUGAAGAUGACUAAACAGGGCCUGCUGUUCCAGGGUCAUACCACUCCUGAUCUGCUCACCACCGGCCACUUCAAAACCAGCUUCGUCUCCGCCAUCGAGAACGACAAGAGUAAAGAGGGCCUGGUGUGUGUGGAGGAGAUCCUGCGCAGCCUGGGACUGGAACCUUCAAACGAGGACUGCGUUGCCGUUCAUCACGUCUGCAAGGUGGUGUCGACCCGGGCGGCUCACCUGUGCGCGGCCGCGCUUGUCGCCGUGCUGCGCCAAAUCCGCGACAACAAGGCGGCGGAGAGACUCCGCACCACCAUCGGAGUGGACGGGUCCGUCUACAAGAACCACCCGCAGUUCGCCCGCCGGCUGCACAAGAUGGUCCGGCGCUUGGUGCCCGACUGCGACGUGCGCUUCAUGCGCUCGGAGGACGGCAGCGGUAAGGGCGCCGCCAUGGUGACGGCGGUGGCCUACAGGCUGGCCAAGCAGCACGCCGAGAGGCAGCAGGUCCUGGAUUCGCUCCGGCUGGAUCGGGAGCAGCUGAUGGUGGUGAAGAGGAGGAUGGAGGAGCAGAUGAGACGAGGACUGGCGAAGGACACCCACUCGUCCGCUUCUGUCAAAAUGCUGCCCAGUUACGUCCGAGCCACGCCCGACGGUACAGAGCGGGGCGACUUCCUGGCACUCGAUCUGGGUGGGACAAACUUCAGAGUGCUGCUGGUUCGACUUCGGAGCGGGAAGCGACGCAGCGCGGACAUGCAAAACAAGAUCUACGCCAUUCCACAGGAAGUCAUGCAGGGCACGGGGGAAGAGCUGUUUGAUCACAUCGUCCACUGCAUCUCUGAUUUUAUGGAGUACAUGGGAAUUAAAGGAGCAUCUCUACCCCUGGGCUUCACCUUCUCCUUCCCCUGCCAUCAGACGGCGCUGGACCAGGGCGUCCUCAUGAAGUGGACGAAGGGCUUCAAAGCCACCGGCUGUGAGGGACACGACGUAGCUGUUCUCCUCAAGGAUGCUAUUCAUCGCAUGGAGGAGUUCGAUCUGGAUGUGGUCGCGGUGGUGAACGACACGGUGGGGACCAUGAUGUCGUGCGCCUUCGAGGACCCUCAGUGUGAAGUGGGGCUGAUCGUGGGUACGGGUACGAACGCCUGCUACAUGGAGGAGAUGAGUAACGUGGAGCUGGUGGACGGAGACGAGGGUCAGAUGUGCGUGAACAUGGAGUGGGGCGCCUUCGGAGACGACGGAGAGCUGGACGAUAUCUGCACGCCGUUCGAUCGAACCGUGGACGAGAAUUCGACCAAUCCGGGGAAACAGAGGUUUGAGAAGAUGAUCAGUGGGAUGUACCUGGGUGAGAUCGUCAGGAACGUUCUGCUGGAUUUCACCUCUAAAGGUCUGCUGUUCCGUGGAAAACUCUCAGAGAGACUCAAGACCCACGGCAUCUUCGAGACCAAGUUCCUCUCCCAGAUCGAGAGUGACCGGCUGGCUCUGCGACAGGUCCGGUCCAUCCUGCAGCACUUGGGUUUGACCAGCAGUACGUGUGACGACAGCAUCCUGGUGAAGGAGGUGUGUACCGUGGUCGCACAGAGAGCCGCUCAGCUGUGUGGAGCCGCCCUCGCCGCCGUGGUGGACAAGAUCCGGCAGAACCGCAACCUCAACACGCUCAGCGUCACCGUGGGAGUGGACGGGACGCUCUAUAAACUGCACCCACACUUCUCCAGCGUGAUGCGGGAUACGCUGCAGGAUCUGGCGCCCCAGUGCGACGUCUCCCUGGUCCAGUCGGAAGACGGCAGCGGGAAGGGCGCCGCCCUGAUCACGGCCGUAGCCUGUCGGAUAAACGGCGCGAAAAAGUAGCGCAGUAAGAGCGGGAAAACGGAACGGGUUCUGGAUAUAAAAAGGGAAAAGAACUUUAAUGUGAACGGACUGUUCUUCCACCGCGAGAAACCAAAACGAGACUGAUGAUCACGGCGUGGAGGAGGCGCUUUCUCAU